AUGGACUUGUCUGACGGUUCUGAUAGACCACCAGCAGCACAGCGUCGUACCGUACCUCGGAAGCGAGUUCGUUCAGGGAGUAGUUCUCAUGUAUCAGAAUCAUCGCAGGAGCAAAAUUCGAUUCCUCCUCAUGCAGCUCCACCUCAGGAUCCAGCUACUCGAUAUGAGCCCGGUAUCAUGUCAGUUGAGACGUUGGUUCGACAACAAGGUCGAGGGCAUCUCAAGUCACACAAGAAGGUCGCGGAGUCUUAUACGAACCAGAUCUAUGAGUGGAAGCAACUAUGGCUCAAGGGCAAGAUACCGAAGAAUAUCAACACCAAAGUUUGGGAGGACUUGCAGGUGCAUUGGGGGAAGCAGGAGACUAAGGAAAAGUCCGCCAAAAACUCAGCCAACCGCAACAGUGAUCGUGGCGGGAAAGGUGUUUUUGUUGAAGCAAAUGGCGGUAAUCUCGUUGAUCAUGUUGAUGUCAUGAGGGAAGCAUAUACUAACAAGAAGACAUGCGAAAUUCAGGAUCCCCUCAUCAGAGAUGUCAUAGAGUUGGUGCAAACCAAAAAAGCAGAACUCCUAGCUUCUCAGCCGAUGAACUCUGAUGACGAUUCUACGGCAGCUUCCAGCAACCUUUGCCGACUUCAAAUAAACGAAAUGACGGUUCCAAAGAAUAAAGGACAUUUGGUCGGUUUGUCUCGUCGUGCGUCUUCGUGUCCUUCUUCUUCAGAAACUCCAUACACAGCUCCCAUGAUCAUGGAGCAGCUGCAGAACAAGGAUGAGCGGAUUGAAGCGUUGGAGACGCAGAACGCUACAAUUCUUGCAGAAUUGGCGGAUCAGAAGAAGACCAACAACGAGAUCAUUGACAAGAUGAAACGUUUGUUCCCAGAUGAAUUUUAG